UAUAAACUUUUUUCAGGACCCUGUCUUUCAAAGAUCAUUCGUAAAAAUCCAUGUAACUUCACAGAUCUUCAUUGUGAAGGGUUUAAACACUGUUACCCAUGCUUGUUAAAUUAACCAUAAACAAUUCAUGAACAUGCACCCGUGGAACAGUCGUUAAGACACUAACAGCUUACAGACGAUAGGCAAUUAAGGUCACAGUUAUGAAAACUUAAGACACUAAAGAGGCCUUUCUACUGACUCUGAAAAAUACCAAAAGAAGAUACCCAGAUCCCUGCUCAUCUGCAUGAAUGUGCCUUAGGCAUGCUGCAAGGAGAUAGGAGGACUGCAGAUGUGGCCAGAGCAAUAAAUUGCAAUGUACGUACUGUGAGAUGCCUAAGACAGCCCCUAAGACAGUUGAUCGUCCUCACAGUGGCAGACCACGUGUAACACCUGCACAGGAUCGAUACAUCUGAACAUCACACCUGCGGGACAGGUACAUGAUGGAAACAACUGCCUGAGAUGCACCAGGAACACACAAUCCCUCCAUCAGUGCUCAGACUGUUUGCAAUAGGCUGAGAGAGGCUGGACUGAAGGCUUGUAGGCCUGUUGUAAGGCAGGUCCACACCAGACAUCACCGGCAACAACGUCGCCUGUGGGCACAAACCCACAAUCCCUGUACCAGACAGGACUGGCAAAAAGUGCUCUUCACUAACGAGUCGUGGUUUCGUCUCACCAGAGGUGAUGGUCGGAUUCGCAUUUAUAGUCGAAGGAAUGAGCGCUACACCGAGGCCUGUACUCUGGAGCGUCAUGGUCUGGAGCGGUUUGUCAUAGCAUCAUCGGACUCCGCUUGUUGUCAUUGCAGGCAAUCUCAAUGCUGUGCGUUACAGGGAAGACAUCCUCCUCCCUCAUGUGGUACCCUUCCUGCAGGCUCAUCCUGACAUAACCCUCCAGCAUGACAAUGACACCAGCCACACUGCUCGUUCUGUGCUUGAUUUCCUGCAAGACAGGAAUGUCAGUGUUCUGCCAUGGCCAGCGAAGAGCCCGGAUCUCAAUCCCAUUGAGCACAUCUGGGACCUGUUGGAUCGGAGGGUGGAACUUGCAGGUGCCUUGGUGGAAGAGUGGAGUAACAUCUCACAGCAAAAACUGGCAAAUCUGGUGCAGUCUAUGAGGAGGAGAUGCACUGAAGUACUUAAUGCAGCUGGUGGCCACACCAGAUACUGACUGUUACUUUUGAUUUUGAGCCCCCCCUUUGUUCAGGGACACAUUAUUCCAUUUCUGUUGGUCACAUGUCUGUGGAACUUGUUCAGUUUGUCUCAGUUGUUGGAUCUUCUUAUGUUCAUACAAAUAUUUACACAUGUUAAGUUUGCUGAAAAUCAACCCAGUCGAGAGGAUGUUUCUUUUUUUGCUGAGUUUAUAUCUGUCCAUCUGUCUAUGUCCAUCAGUAUAAAGGAGGAGAUGUUGCUGACUUGUUGAGCAAAAUCAAAGCUGCAAUGCAUCCUGAUGUCUUUGCUUGCUGUUUCAGUGACCCCCUCAGUAAGCCCAAGCACCUUGUGUGAGUAAUGCCCCCUCUCCCCCCUGUCACAGGAGCCCCUGAAGAUGAGGCAAACAUUAUUGAGAAAAUCCUGUCGGUUCGAACUGUGAAGAAAGAGGCGUCCCCUGAGGAUACAACUGAGGAGUCGGAGGAGUUUUAUGUCAAGUACAGAAAUUUCUCCUACCUGCAUUGUAAAUGGGCGACAUUGGAGGAGUUGGAGAAGGACCCUCGCAUCCAGCAAAAAAUCAAGCGCUUCAGGACUAAGCAUGCCCAAAUGAAGCACAUAUUUGUUGAGCCGAAUGAAGACCUCUUUAACCCUGACUACAUAGAAGUGGAUAGAGUUUUGGAGGUGGCCAUCACUACAGACACAGAGACAGGAGAGGUGAGCCAGGGAGAGGAGGUGACACACUACCUGGUGAAGUGGUGCUCCCUGUCCUAUGAGGAGGCUACAUGGGAGCUUCAGGAAGAUGUGGACCCGGUGAAGAUUCGGGAGUUUGAGGAGAUCAAGAGAAUCCCUGAAUUCAAAUUUGUGGAAAGGCCUCAGCCAGACAAGUGGCAGAAGCUGGACAAAUCCAAAGACUAUCGAAACGGGAACCAGCUGAGAGAGUACCAGCUGGAGGGAAUGAAUUGGCUGCUCUUCAACUGGUACAACAGGAAGAACUGCAUCCUUGCUGACGAGAUGGGCCUUGGGAAGACCAUCCAGUCCAUCACCUUCCUCUUUGAGAUGUUCUCCAUGGGCCUGCGGGGACCCUUCCUCAUCAUCGCCCCCCUUUCCACCAUCACCAACUGGGAGAGGGAGUUCCGCACCUGGACUGAGAUCAACGUCAUUGUCUACCACGGCAGCCAGAUCAGCCGCCAGAUGAUCCACCAGUAUGAGAUGUACCACAAGGACCAGCAGGGAAAUGUAGUGUUGGGCGGGUACAAGUUCCACGGAGUGAUCACCACCUUUGAGAUGAUCAUGGCCGACUGUCCGGAGCUGAAGAAGAUCCACUGGCGCUGCGUGGUCAUCGAUGAGGCCCACCGCCUUAAGAACCGCAACUGUAAACUCCUGGAGGGCCUCAAGCUCAUGAACCUGGAACACAAGGUCCUCCUGACAGGCACCCCCCUGCAGAACUCAGUGGAGGAGCUCUUUAGUCUGCUCAACUUCCUGGAGCCCCUACAGUUCCCCUCAGAGAGCCUCUUCUUGGAGGAGUUUGGAGAUCUGAAGACUGAGGAACAGGUGAAGAAGCUUCAGGCCAUCCUAAAGCCCAUGAUGCUGCGGCGGCUGAAGGAUGACGUGGAGAAGAACCUGGCGCCCAAGGAGGAGACCAUCAUCGAGGUGGAGCUCACCAACAUGCAGAAGAAGUACUACCGGGCCAUCCUGGAAAAGAACUUCACCUUCCUGGCCAAGGGGGCCAACCAGCACAACAUGCCCAACCUCAUCAACACCAUGAUGGAGCUGCGCAAGUGCUGCAACCACCCCUACCUGAUCAAAGGUGCGGAGGAGAAGAUCCUGGAUAGCUUCAGAAAAACGCACAGCCCUGAUGCUUGGGACUUCCAGCUCCAGGCCAUGAUUCAGGCAGCGGGGAAGCUGGUGCUUAUUGACAAGCUGCUGCCGAAGCUGAUUGCUGGCGGCCACAAGGUGCUGGUCUUCUCCCAGAUGGUGCGCUGCCUGGACAUCCUGGAGGACUACCUCAUCCAGAGGAGGUACACCUAUGAGCGCAUCGAUGGCAGAGUGCGGGGUAACCUGCGCCAGGCAGCGAUCGACAGAUUCUGUAAGGUGGACUCGGACCGCUUUGUGUUCCUGUUGUGUACCCGUGCUGGGGGCCUGGGCAUCAACCUGACCGCUGCAGACACCUGCAUCAUCUUCGACUCAGACUGGAACCCCCAGAACGACCUACAGGCCCAAGCUCGCUGCCACCGCAUCGGCCAGAGUAAAGCAGUGAAAGUGUACAGGCUGAUCACCAGGAACUCCUAUGAGAGGGAGAUGUUUGAUAAAGCCAGUCUGAAGCUGGGUCUAGACAAGGCUGUGCUGCAGGACAUUAAUCGAAAGGGCAGCCUCAAUGGGGCGCAGCAGAUGACCAAGAUUGAGGUGGAGGACCUGCUGAGGAAGGGGGCGUAUGGCGCACUGAUGGAUGAGGAGGACGAGGGCUCCAAGUUUUGCGAGGAGGACAUCGACCAGAUCUUGCAGCGCCGCACCCAAACUAUCACCAUCGAGACAGAGGGCAAGGGCUCCACCUUCGCCAAGGCCAGCUUUGUGUCUUCUGGAAACAGAACUGACAUUUCCCUGGACGAUCCCAACUUCUGGCAGAAAUGGGCCAAAAUAACCGAGCUGGAGAUUGACUCCAAAGCAGAGAAGGAGAGCCUGGUGAUUGAUACACCUCGUGUGAGGAAGCAGACUCGUCACUACAACUCGUUCGAAGACGACGAGCUGAUGGAGUUCUCUGAGCUGGACAGCGACUCAGAAGAGAGGCCCUGUCGCACCCGCCGCUUCAGCGAGAGGAACAGACGCUACCUCCGCGCCGAAUGCUUCCGCGUCGAGAAGAACCUGCUCAUAUUUGGCUGGGGUCGCUGGAAGGACAUCCUAACCCACGGGCGCUUCAAGUGGCAACUGGCUGAGCAUGACAUGGAGGUGCUUUGUCGGGCACUGCUGGUCUACUGUGUGCGUCACUACAUGGGCGAUGACAAGAUCAAGAGCUUUAUCUGGGACCUCAUCACACCUGCCAAGGAUGGCCAUAAACAAGACCUGCAGAACCAUUCUGGCCUGUCCGCCCCAGUGCCCAGGGGACGCAAGGGUAAGAAGCUAAAGAACCAUCUGAGCGUGCCCGAGAUGAAGCAUGCAGACUGGCUUGUCAACUGCAACCCAGAGGUAGUGCUACAGGACGACAGCUACAAGAAACACCUCAAGCAGCACUGCAACAAGGUACUUCUGAGGGUGAGGAUGCUGUACUACCUCAAGGCGGAGGUCCUGGGAGAAACUGCUGCUCAGUCCCUGGAGGGCAUCCAUGCCAGUAAACUGGAGGUGGCACUCCCUGAUAUUGACUACAUCGAGAUCCCAGCAGGCUGGUGGGAUGCAGAGGCGGAUAAGUCUCUCCUCUUAGGAGUGCACAAACACGGGUAUGAGCGAUACAAUGCCAUGCGGGCCGACUCAGAGCUAUGCUUCUUAGAGCGGGUGGGCAUGCCUGACGUCACGGCGCUCUCAGCCGAGCAGAAUGGAGGAGAGGUGGUGGCUGACCUCACUGACAGUGCUUGCAAAAGUGAUGAUGUGAAAGAUGAUCCUGAAUGCAAUCAGGAGGAGGGAGGAGUGGAAAAGGUUGAUAAUAAGGAUGAAACCAGCUCCAGUAAUGAUGCAAUGGACAAGCAUGACAGUGUUGGUCAAGACACACUCUCAGUGGAGAUGGUCCAGGAGACCUUUGGCCAGGAGGGCAUGGAGCUAAAGGGUCGCCCUCUGUGGCCGGUCGGCCCUGCCCUUACGGCCAGGCUACGUCGCCUCAUCACGGCCUACCAGCGCUUCAUGCGGCGCGAGCCGCUGCGCCACGACUUCCUGCUACCUGAAGGGCUGGGGGCAGGCCUGGGGACGAUGUCCUGGCAGCUGGGGGAGGAGAUUAGGCGUUACACGGUGGCCGCCGCCGAACCUGACCCUCUCUUCCUGGAGUGGCAGAGAAGGUGGGUGAUGAUGUCAGAGCAAAGGUGGACACGGCGUGAGCAAGCAGAUUUCUACCGCACCGUGUCGUCGUUCGGUGUGGUGUACGACCCGGAGAAGAAAGCAUUCGACUGGAGUCCUUUCCGUUCCUUUGCCCGGUUGGAGAGGAAGACCGACGAGAGCCUGGAGAGAUACUUCAGUAGCUUUGUGUCCAUGUGCCGCACCGCCUGCAGAUUGCCCCCCAGGAAGGACGAAGGGCCUCUGGACCACAACCUGUUUGUGGAGCCCAUCACAGAGGAGCGAGCAGCACGUACCCUAUACCGCAUCGAGCUGCUGCGCAAGGUCAGGGAGCAGGUGCUGCGCCACCCACUGCUGGGCCCGCGGCUGCAGCUGUGUCGGCCCAGCCUCUACCUGCCCGUGUGGUGGGAGUGUGGCAAGCACGACCGCGACCUCCUGAUUGGAGCGGCCCGCCACGGCCUCAGCCGCACUGACUACUACAUCCUUAACGACCCGCAGCUAUCUUUCCUGGAGGCCCACCGCAACUACGUCCAGAAGGAGAAUCACCAGGGCUACCAACCCAGUGUGCACCACGCAGGCAUGGCCCCCUCACCGCACCACCACCACCCCUGCUGCAUCUAUGAGACAGGCCUCGGCCAAUGCCACUCUCCCCAGCCGCCGGAGUACGGUCACCAAGCCAUCCCCUCCUCUUCGAUCCACUUCCAUUCUCACCCGAACGUCCACAGUCACCUGCCAGAGAUAGUGGGCACGGGCCUCGGUGGCAGCCUAGGUAUGGUGUCUGGGCCAAGGGAGGGCUUCCUGGUUUGCCCCCCUCUGGAUGAGUCAUUGGAACUGGCAUCACUGCAGCAUGAGGGCCUGGCCUCAGAUUCCCUCCAUGGCAAGUCUACCAAGGAGGCCUUCAACGGGUUCCCCUUCAACUCAGCGCAGGGCGGCCAGAGCAUGCUCAACUCGUAUGGUGUGCAGGGGGAGCUGACCAGCGAGCAGUCGGCCGACAUGGACCCGAUCAUCUCAGGCAAGCUGCGCAGCGACGUGCUGGUGGGCUCCUCGGAAGAGAAUGGCCUUAUGGCCCCCUUGCUGGAGCUGGAACAGGAGCUACAGGUGCCCUGGGAGAGCACUGACCACACAGGCACAGCAGAUGUCGUGGGCAUGUUCAACGAGGCCGACCCCAUCCUGGGGGCACCAGCCCUUGAUACAGAGUUCCUGGACACAGAGGAGCAGCCAGGAGACGGGGGAAGGGAGGACGGAGCAGUGGGAGUGCUUGACGACUGCCUAGGUAUACCCUCAUCCCGGAGCGACCCAGGGGAGCCGCUGCCCUCCAGUUUCAUGCUGUUCAAGAACAUUGACGUGAGCGAGGAGGAGCCUGCUGCAGAGCACACAAACCUCUCCGCCAGCCCCCUUCCUUCGUACACCCCCCCUCUGCACCUGUCGCUGUCCCAUAUGACCUUGCACCCCCACCACCACAACCAGGGUGAUGUCGAGCAGCCAGAGGAGAAGUUGAGUGACUCUGACACUGUCGCCCACGCGCCCAGCCCCGACGAGAGGGAGGCAGAGAGGGAUGCGUCCUUUGAGUUUGACAAAGAGGAGAUGUCUGUGGACUGUCCUAGUCUGGUGGGGCUGGAGCAGGGCCUGGAAACCUCAUGUAUACCAUGCGAGGACACUCUCCAAGAGGAGCCCUGCUAUGGGAUGGGAAUGGGCUCUCCAGUGGAGUCAUGUCAGGUGGCUCUAGAGAGGCCAGGAGAAGAGACUUUAGAAAGGAACACGCCCUUAGGGCAAGUGGCGGAGACGCUUCUAGAGGGACAGGCUGAAGAACCCUUGGAGAUAUCGCCCAUGGAUUCCCAGGAGAAGGACCCAGUGGAUGGUCCUCUGGAAUACUUCGGUAAAGACAAAGCACUAGAAGGACCAUUCACAGGGCCGUUGGAGCAGUACGACGUAGAUCCAGAAGCGGCCUUCGAGGGGCCUGCCGAAGCAGAGAACACUUUAAUCGAACACAAACUCCCCACUGUUGACGCUACAUAUACUCUGCCCCCAUCCUCCUCAGUCCCCAGGCCCCAGCCUGAGCCACCACUGUCCCCACGUGUGGCUGGAGUGUCACAGAUCAAACUUGAGUUCCCUCUGGACCCAGAGAGCUCUGAGAGCAAGUCAGACAUACUGGAGCCUAACAGCACUGUCCUCACGCCCAAACUAGAGCAGACAGAGGUGCUGCUGGAGGUAAAGGACAAGAUCAAGGAGGAGAGGCCCCAAACUCCAGUCUCUGUAGUGGACAGCUAUGUGGAGGUGGCACAGUUUGCCGUCCCCAUGUCCAUGUGUGAGAUGCCUGAUAGUCUGCAGGACGCGCGGGAGCCCACCAUCGCCCAGCUGCUGCAGGAAAAAGCCCUCUACUCCUUCUCCGAGUGGCCAAAGGAUCGGGUGAUCAUCAACCGCCUGGACAGCAUCUGUCACGCCAUCUUGAAGGGGAAGUGGCCCUCCUCCAGCCAGCAGUAUGACUCCCCUAGCUCACUGGCAAACACCUGUGUGCCUAACAUUGUGCACCAGAGGGCUGGCUUCAUUUCAGCCAGGGUACAGCCAUCCCAGAGCCUUAACUUCAACAUCCCAGCCCCUCCUGUAACCCGCCUUCCCAAGUACAAGUCAAGAGAUGACGGGGAAUGCAGCCAGGGAGGCUGGAGGUUGACAUCCUUGCCUCUCUUGCAGGAGAGGCUGGUGGCACCACCCUAUUUGCCUGAACUAAAGCGGGGUAGGCGUGCGUUUGAAUGCAAGGCAGAGGUGCUCAGUAAGCAGUGCCACACAGGGGAGAAUAUGCCUGUAACUGUGUCGAACAGUGGUGGGGCACUGCUGCUCAACGGCUGGCAGGAGGCGGCCAUGGACCUCUCCAAGACCGGGGAUCAGGGCAUUGGUGGCGACGCGGCAGCCACUGUAGGCCACAUGAGUCACCAAGUCCACCCCAUUGCCCGAAAACUGCCCGCCAUGAGCGCCAUGCAGGGUUCAGUGGGGAAGGACAUGGCCGGGAUCCUGCAGGCAGGUCUCAUCCACCCCGUCACCGGCCAAAUUGUCAAUGGCAACCUGAGGUGUGACGACACAAUCAUGCGCCGGAGGAGAGGCAGACGGAGAAACGUGGAGGCGGUUGACAUCGGGUUUGUCAAGAGCAGAGGAAUGCAUGUGCAGGAAAAACAGUGCAGGGUAGAAGUCACCAGCCAUUCUGCAGUGUCGUCUACCUCCUCCCCACCUGAGUGCCCCCCGGGAACCUCCACCCCCACCCUGUCAGAGGUGGUGGCCAUCGACAGAGAGGCUGCCAACAAUGGCUUGAUGGAAUGGCUGCGACAGAAUCCCAACUGUAGCAUGGAGGUGCCCACUUUCGCACCGUCUCCUAGCUCAGCGAUUCUGCACAGCUUUGUGGAGCGGCCCAAGCAGAGGCGGCAUCGCUGUAAAGACCCCACCAAGUUGGAUGUCAACUCCCUAACAGGGGAGGAGAGGGUGCCAGUGGUCCACAGGAGCACUGGCCGCAGGCUUGGGGGUGCUAUGGCUCCAGCAAUCAAGGAGCUUUCACGAUGGCUGGAUGCAAAUACUGAGUACUGCGUGGCACCUGACUGGGCAGAUGUAGUGAAACACUCUGGUUUUCUUCCUGAGGGCAAGUUCACCCGCAUCCUCACUGAGCCUGUGUGCCGCGACCAAGGGCCCCGCCGCCGGGGCCGUCGUCCCCGCAGCGAGAUGCCCAAGCCCCUCCUCUCCGAGUCUCCCAUGGGCCCGCUCUGUAUGAACGGCGGCCUGAUCGGCAGCAUGGACCUGGUCGGCCUCCAGGACCUCCGCAAUGUCCAGGGCAUCCCACUCACAGGCUUGAUGGGAUUCCCCCAUGGCUUUGCUGUGUCCGCCGGUGAAGACGCAAAGAAUGGUCUGAGCAUGCUGCCUAUGAUGCUCCACGGCGUACAUGGUGCCCCCCACAUGUUCAGCGUUCAGGGGCUGAUGGGUUUGCCGCCCACCUGCUCCGCUUCCACCUCCUCCUCCACGGCUGCAGUUACCACCACUGCGGCCUCCUCCUCAGCGGCCAGUAGCCCCUCUCGAGGCCCCGGCCAGGCAUCUUCGAGCACAGGGGCCGAGGGCUCCGGCAUUCAGUCUGGCACAGAGAGAAAGAGGGAGGAAAAGCAGCAAGGCGCGAUGGGCAGCCACAGCAUUGCAGCCAUCACCACCACCACAGCGACCAGCAGUGGCAGCCACCAGGCCUUCAACCCUUUCCUCAUUCCGGGGAUGUCCCAUGGACUGCUGUACCCUCACAUGUUCCUACCGCACGGGGGCGUCAUGGCGCUGCCAGGCAUGCCGCCUGCAGACUCCUCCAGCAGCCCAAAGAUGAAGAAGAAAAGAACAAGGGAGGAAGGGGUUGUGGUGGUGGUGGUGGAGGCAGGCAGCCACAGCCACUUACAGACGGACAGUGGGCCUCCGAAAAAACACAGUGAUGGCCAGACUGGGGAGAGCACGGCUGACCAGGCUGGGCUUAAGGACAGGGAGCAGACGGAGGACAGCAUUCAGGAGGAGGGCACGGGACAUGACUCCCAUGAUCCUCCCGAGGUAAACCCCAAGAAGAGCGUUGAAGAGGAGAGAGGAACGAUGGAGAUUAGCUUGAUGGAGGAGGAAAAACUACCUGAGGAGGAGAGCGUGUCAAGGGGGGCAGAGUAGACUUCACAAAAUACUUAUUCUCCCACCGCUUUCUUACUGUGCAACAGUUUUAAGUUUGUGGUGUGUAAGUACCUUCAUUUGGAUGUAAAUACUUUUAUUAUCCACUUAUUUUUAUGGAUCUGCCCUGUAGCAAAUUUGUGAUUAUCUUAUACUAUAUAUGCCCACACAUGCUCCAUUCAAGAACUUCAUGAAAGAGAUGCAAACACACACUUGAGAAGGGAGGAAUUACUCAAUGUUGUUACAUGGUUAUAACAAUUCAAGCAUCCUUGACGGUCUGCUACAUCAUUUAGAAGCCUGGUAUGUCCUGGUUGCAAAAAGGUAAAGCCGGGAGCCUGUUUGACUGAAGAGGAUAAAGAUUAUGGGUUGUGUUCAUUAGGGCAUGCAAUGGAGAACAUUGUCAAACGGUUUCAAUGGAAAAUGAAAAUGUGUUUCUUAUCAAGUAGUCCCACCCUUUUUCAGUCCGUUUUUUUAUCCAUUUGGUGCCUAAUGAUCACAACCAAGAACGAUGUAGCCGUUUAGUGAUUACUGUCCCCUCAGUUUCCUUGAUGGUGUUAAUUAAGGAAUGUGAAUAUCCCAUUAAAGUUGUUUAAUGUCCCGAAAGCCUAAAACUAAUAGCAAUUUUAUUUGAAGGUCCUUUAAAAUGUGUUGAAUAUAGUACUUGUUAUAUCAAUUCAUGCUAGGUAACUUGCAGUCCCAAGUUGUAUUAGUAGCAUAACUGCUGCUAAGAAGUUCUGAAUAUGACAGCUUUUGUCCAUCCCUAUUUUGUUUGUCUUGUUACUGCUAUGUAAAACAUUUUUAAAGGGAAAAUAGACAAACAACACUGCGUAUAACAGAUUUAGAGAAACAAUGAUGCUAGUAUAACCAAUCGAGAGAACAUAUAUUCAGUACGACAGCCACUCAAAAAAAAAAAGGCAAAGACUAAUCCCGAGUUUUGAUAAUGCUUUAAAAUAUGUAAUCUCACAAAGUCACUUUGGGAUGUGAUCAUCUGUGUCAGUGUGGGAGCAGUGAAGAGGUACCAUAGACAGUCUGUCACAGAGGGCUCUGUUGAGAGCGCCAGUGCCUCACUGGUGAAGGACAAGCACACAGAGGGUACUUCAUUAAGAGAAAGGGGAGGUGGGGGAUGUGAAAAAUAUAAAUAUAAUAUGUCCAUUCCCAUCCGCCUUUCCAGUGUUAGGGAAAAGUUAGUUGUUUGAUCACAGAUACUGUAUGUAAAGCAGUGGCAGAGUGCCUCGUUGUUUUAAAGGCUUCGUGGUCUCCUUUUCUUCCCUUAUAAGCAUUUAAAACUCCUGUAGACUAGGUCAUACUCAGAAUGUAAAAAAAUGUCAAUCUAUUUAGCUGUAUGUUGCUGUUCCUUUUAUUUACAUGCACACCACAUUUUUAGUUUUCUCCAUUAUGUCCCUUGACAUUGGGGGGAAAUGGCAAAAUCAGUACCAGUGUUUAUUGUAUUUAACAUAAUGUACUACACUAAAUGGAUGCAAAAGCUGAUUUUAUUCUCCAUUUUACAACAGGGUCUGUUUUUUGGGGUAUAUGUUUUAGACUUGGCUUCUAAGUGUAACAACUUGACUUCUCUUUUUGUUUGUGAAAAAAAAAAAUCAUAUUAGAAAAGUGUCCUUUUGGUGAAUGUUUACCUGUAUUCUGUCUAUUAAGCUUUUAUUUGUGUAUGUGUACAUGCAUGCGCACACUUGCACAACCUGUCCCAUGGGUGACGUUCUGUUCUAGAGCUGUAUUUCUAUCUCUUGCUCUAGCGUCAUCUUUCUUUGUUGGAAGACAUGUUAUUGUUGCCUUGUCACAACUUGUGACUAUAAAAUUCAUUUGUUUUGCCAAACUUUCACCAAAUAUGACAUUUUUCUUUAAACUUAGUUGAUUAUAUUAAAAGUAAAAUGCCUUAUUUAGC